AUUUUUUUUCCUGCUUUAAGUAUCACCACCCAUGGUUCCAUUCAUAACCCAGGGUGCUCUAAGGUUACUCACCAACCAGACUUCUAUUUAUAAGCCAUCUCGCUGCUCUCGCAAUUUCAGCCGUUUGUUUCGAGCACCACAACAAACUCUCCCUCCUCUCUACUUUCACUCCUCUGUAAUGAGUCACCGACUCCAAAGCAUCACUACAUUUAACCUAAUAACUUGCCGGAACAUUACUAGCUUUUCUAAACUAGGUUUACUUCCGUUUCCCAUCAAAACCAGGGUUUGGUCUUGUAAGAGUAGCUACAGAACUGGAGUUGAAAUGGAAAAACCGAAUUCUGUUAAAGCUUUCGAUGUUGUAAUUAAUGAACCCGUUUCUCUAAACAAGAAGAAAGCUGCAAUCCGUAAUGCCGGUCCAGCAAAACUCCAGAUAAUUGCUGAUUUUGAUGCUACGCUGACGAGGUAUUGGGUCGAUGGAAGCCGAGGCAAUAGCAGUCAUGGCUUAUUGCAGCAGGAGAAUCCAGAGUUUGAUCUCAAGAGGGAGGAAUUAUUUAGAUAUUAUCAUCCAUUGGAGUUCUCUCCUACACUUUCCAUUGAAGAAAAAACAAAGCUCAUGGAAGAGUGGUGGGAGAAAACGCACUCACUUCUUAUUGAGGGAGGUGUUACUUAUGAUGCCAUAAAGAAGUCUGUGGCUAGUGCAAACAACAUAGCUUUUAGGGAGGGGGUAGUUGAACUAUUUGAGAUUUUAGAGGAGAAAGGAGUGCCAGUUCUUAUAUUCUCUGCAGGGCUUGCAGACAUCAUUGAAGAGGUCUUGCGGCAGAAACUUCAUAGGUCUUUUAAAAAUGUCAAGGUUGUAGCAAAUAGAAUGGAAUUUGAUCAAAGUGGUCGCCUCACGUCUUUCAAAGGGAAAACAAUCCAUGUUAUGAACAAGAAUGAGCAUGCUCUCGAUAUGGCUGAACCUAUUCAUGACCAUUUGGGUGAUACUGAUGGACCACCUGAAGACACUGCCGCAGUAAAGAAGAGGACCAAUGUCCUCCUUCUUGGGGAUCAUAUUGGAGAUCUGAGAAUGUCUGACGGUUUAAACUAUGAAAACCGAAUAUCUGUAGGAUUCCUGAAUGACAAUAUUGAAAAGUCACUUGACAGUUACAAGAAAGCAUAUGAUGUUCUGUAUCUGAAUGAUGCUUCCAUGUUGGGGGUUGUUGAGCUUGCUACUCAGCUCUGUUCAUCUGAAGGUGACUGAUCUUCAUUUCAAUGUUAGAGGAUUGUUGCAGAACAGUGCUUAUUAACUCUAAACGCACACAUAGUGAUAUCUUAAGUUCUUAUAAUUUUUGAAGCUAAAUCAGAUGUAUUCAAAAAAUUAGUUUUGCAAGGCAAUAUCACAGAGGGGUUAUUUUUGAGAAUUUUUGAGCUCCCUUGUUGAUUCUGAGUUCGAUAAUGCGGUUUACAGGAGGAAUUUGAAGACUUAUUCCUGUAUUUGCCUCUUUAAAUUUCUUUUCAUUUCA